AUGCAUUUAUAUGACGAAGAUGAGCCUAUAGAAAAGAGAUUCGAAGAUUUGUGUCAAAUUUUGUGUAUCGAAGGCCCUGUUCGUGAAGAAGCAUGGGAUAAAUACAAAGAAGUUUGGAACAAUUAUUCGAUUGAGGGAGAUCAGCUUCAAUGGCUGGUAUGCUCCUUGUAUGAGUGUUGUCGGCGUCCAAGUACUGCAGACAGUGUGUCCGGUCAAAUCGUUGUCCUCGAAAAUGCCUACGUCUCACUUACUCGCCUUCUAGCCACCGCAAAAAUGAGUCUAGUGCAGUUCUUUCACCGUAUUCGGAAGUGGGCCGACAUGACGGAAAUGUCAGAUGAUGCUCAUGAUCGAAUUGAGCGACUGGAAAGGCAGUUUGCUGUCUCCUCAGUGACAUUUAGACACUUCUCAAAGGACUUCCCUCUCUACUUCCGGAGCCUCGAUGGUGGCGUUGAAGAAACUGAUGAACCCGAUUUGGAUCCCCAUUCCCAACUCACUCCUGUGGAUAUAUUUCGUUUUAUUUGGUUGCUUUUUGUUAAAACUCGGGCCAAUUUUCCAGCUAUUGCCGACGACCUCGUAAAUUCAUACUACAUUCUCGCCUGUUGCAUGGACUGGAUGUUGGGUGUCCUCAUUCUGGCCCGAGCUACUCGACUCAUCAAUAUUCAUUAUCGUAUCGAUCCCCGGAGUGGAAAUGGCCCAUUAAGUCACUCCUCAAUACUCAACCUAUCUUCAUCUUCGGUCGAUUCCUUGCCUUGUAUGUUGAGGUACAUCUGUGAGGAUAGUGGUAUCAAUUACGUAGAAUGUAAGGCUAUUAAAGAGAACUUCUUUCGCCCCUACGUUGUGAGGUUGAUUGAGAAGGAUUUUAUCAAAUUACACCCACCUGGACCAGAGGGUAUUCUGCAGCCGGAGAAUUUUGCUGGUAUUUUGCAGCGUCUCACUGACCAUUAUGAGGAGUAUAUUCUUGGAACAGGGGAUUUUGAUGAGAGGGUGUUCCUCAGUCCCAAUGCGGCUGAAGAGAUUGGUUCUGCGAGACCAGAGAGCCUCGAUCGAAAGGCAAUCCCACGUGAUCCAAUCGAAAGCCUAGACGCUGAAGGCUUAAGUGGCAGCCUCUACAUGGGAGCAACA